AGACAGAGCUACGACAGGAUAUUUUGUCACUAUGGUUACUGGCAGCAGAUACGGAUCUUGAUUUCUGUGUGUCAUGCUGCUCUCAUUCAGGACAGUGCAGUUGUAGCGCUGGCAGGACAGCCCUUAUAAUUAACCUUGGCAUGAGAAGUGACAUGUUUUGUGGAUCAAUGUGACUUCAAAUCUGCAGAAUCUGUGAGGUAUCUUCCAUCUGUGAGUUACUGCUUCGUAAAAUAUCAAGAUGGGUUCUACUGCUGCACCUGUGACCUCCACCCCCUCAUUCACCAACGCCUCUAAUAAGCUGACCUGUGACACCUUAUAUGCCCACCGAGACUAUGCUAGGGUCCUCAUGCCUCUUUUCUACUGCAUCGUGUUCUUUGUGGGGCUGUUCGGUAACUGCCUCGCCCUCCACGUCAUCCGGCCCAAUCUGAAGAAGAUCAACUCCACCACCUUGUACUCUCUCAACCUGGUCAUCUCUGACAUCCUCUUCACCCUCUCUCUGCCGGCGAGGAUUGUCUACUAUGCUCUGGGCUUCCACUGGCCUCUGGGAGAGGUGGUGUGCAAGAUCUCGGGCCUCAUCUUCUACAUCAACACCUAUGCUGGGGUCAAUUUCAUGACCUGCCUUAGUGUGGACCGUUUCAUCGCUGUGGUGCUGCCUCUGCCCUUUGCCCGAUUCAGGAAGGUCAGUAACGUGCGCUACAUAUGUGUUGGUGUGUGGCUUGUGGUCCUAGCGCAGACUCUCCCCCUCGUCGGUAUGCCUAUGACCAACAAGGAACCCGACGGCUUCAUCACCUGUAUGGAAUACCCCAACUUUGAGAAGGUUGACCACAUUGCCACGAUACUGAUCGGUGCUGUCUUCCUUGGUUAUGUCGUGCCUGUGGUGACCAUCCUCGUGUGUUACUCCGUCUUAUGCUCCAAACUCCACUUCACGGCCAAGACCAACCAUUUGACAGAAAAGUCCGGCCGGAGCCGCAAGGCCAUCGGCGUGAUCUGCUGCGUAUCAGUAGUGUUUAUCGUCUGUUUCAGCCCCUAUCACAUUGACAUCCUGCAGUACAUGAUCCGCAAGCUGGCGUCGACCCCCGACUGUGCCGAUCUAACAGCCUUUCAGGUAUCGCUGCACAUCACCGUGUGUCUGAUGAACCUCAACUCCUGUUUGGAUCCUUUCAUCUACUUCUUUGCCUGUAAGGGCUACAAGAGGAAACUGCGCAAGCUGCUGAAGCUCCAGGUGAGCAUGUCCUUCUCCAGCGCGGCGAGGACAUCACCUGAGGGCUCCUCUAAGGAUGUUAUUGACGGCAACAAGAUCCAGCUCAACAGUUCUACUGCAGGUACAAUCACUGAGAGACUCACAGACAGGAGAUAUUACCGGGAUGAGUAAAUGAGAAAACUGAGGCGCCAAGACUUACACCACGAUGAGAGGACCUUUGACAUGUGGGCCUUUUUUAAUGAACACCAGUCAGACAGUGUCUCAAACAAAUUGGUCUGGACAUUAAAAUGGACUCAAUUGUAUCAUCAGGGAUUCUAGAAGCUACUCAGCAUCUGGAUCCAUUGAAAAACAGCUAUUUUGAAUGCAAAGAUUUGUUUACAGAAGUUUUUUAAAAGAACGAUUGUUUGCGUAUUUUCUUAUUAGCGUUGGUGAAUUUCUCAGGAAAGCAGAGAAUACUGCAGCUAAGGAAAGAAAGGAGGAUACUUUUUCCAGAAAGCAAGCUUGCCUCCUGUAGACUGAGCAUUGAUAAGAAAGAGCAUGAAGCAGAGCAUUUUCGAAGUGGACUGUUUCAUUAACAUACCCACCAUUCAACUUUCUACAGACUGGAAAAAGCAGUGAAAGCUCAGCUCAUGUACAGAAUGUUAAGUGUGAAGAGAAAACUCACCUCAAGAAACUUUUUGAAAGCAGCAACUUAAUAUCUGCAACCAGACAACGACCUCCAGUCCUCACAGUUACUUGUAAGGCAGAAGUUUCAUUCCAAAAUGAAGUCAGACUCAGGUUUUCACCUCAAGUGUCAGCUCAGCACACAGCUGUAUUAUCUCAGGAAACUGUCUGCCAACUGAAUUAACCUUAAUUGGUUGGAAGAGAACCACAUUUGUUUGUUUCAACAUUGAUUUCCUCAUGUUAAAAGUGGGUGUGGCCCAUGAUGUCAUUUAAUUUAAAGGGGCCAUGUUGAGGUUUUUUUUUUAUAAACAUACAGCAGUCGUGUUUACAUUGAGUGUUAUUCAUUGUAAUGCAAUCUGGAUAUUUUUGAGGUCUUAUAAAUGUGAUAAGUGUAUUUCAUUCCUCAUUAAACAUUUGCAAAGCCAGUUCUAA